AUGCUGUGUAUUCAAUAUGAACUGUGUACCGAUCAGUACCAAGAGAGAUUACAAAUAUGGAUAUUCAGUACAAACGAAGAUAAAAAGGCUUCUCACUUAUUUCCUAAAACAUCAAAAAGACGGAAUUACAAUGCCAUGCGUUAUUCUGACAGCCACCAAGCGUCUCUCAGACUUUUGCUCCUCGGUUCAGUUCUCCUCACUGCCUAUUGUGCUGCUGCUGUUCAGACCACUGAACUGGUUGGCCCUCUUUCCCAAUCCACUGGCAUCAUGUGUAUCCAGCGAGUGUGCCCUACUCUUGAUACAGGUGUCGAUGGUUCUGAAGAGUGUCCUACAGAGUGCAGUGAUUCCUGCUACCGAGAUGACGAUCCAUGCUGCCCUGGCAACUAUGUAAUGACUUGUGAUUCAUCCUCUUCUUCUUCUUCUGGAAGUUCUUCUGGCAAGACUUCCUCAACUCCUGCCCAUCCUUCCUCCAUUGGUGUCCCCACGGGCCUCAGUUCGGGUGCCCCUUCUUCUAGUGCCGCAAUUACUGGCGCAUCUUUAUCUCAUUCAUCUGCUGCAUUAUCCUCGAGUGCUCCUUCUCCUUCUGGAGCCAAACCCAGCUCCAUCCAAAGUGCCAGCUCUAGCAGCUCUGGUGCCAAUGCAGGCUCAUCUGAUACCAGCGCUGCAAACCUUGUCACAAUUAAGCCUUUUGUCGUACUGUCGCUUAGUUUGAUACUGUCUAUGAAGCUUAUCCUUUAAAAAAAAUGGCUCUACACAUGCCGUGUCAUUUGGUUAUGUUGUACUCAUUUAGUUUAUUACCCAUUUUACCCAUACAUAGCAAAUGAGUGUAACCCAAAUGUACAUAUUGUUUCAGUCCAUUUUUACCGUAAUUGCUCUAAAGGAGCUUGUAUCUAAAAUAAAUAAAAUAAAAAUGUAAAUUU